AUGUCUUCUUAUCCAUUGCAAUGCAGUGUUUCAAAUAGUGACGGAACCCUGCUUUUUCUGGUCGUCAAAAGCACCAUCCUAGCGUUCAAGCAGCAGAAAGGCGAAUUCGAGCAAGCUGGAAGAUGGACUGACACUCUGUUUGAGACUGAUAGCCAACAGGAUGGCGUGAAGAAAUUGAAGAGUAACAAGGGUGAAGCUGUCAAAAAGGCAGAUUCGCCAGCUGUCGGAUCGGCAUUCUCUUUGCAGAUCAGGAACUUGACUCUAACUCCCGACGAGUCCAAGUUAAUCGCGUGUGCAGAUUCAGAUAAAUCAGUAUUGGUAUUCGAAAUUGACUAUAAUAAUCCAGAGUGUUUGAAGCUCGUGAAAAGACAACCGUUUCCCAAAAGGCCGAAUGCGAUAGCCAUCGGCGACGACGGCGACACCAUUGCUAUCGCGGAUAAGUUCGGAGACGUGCACCAGAUGUCGAUUUCUGGUCAGGUUCUUGCAAGUGGCGAGGAAUCGCAACCCAUUUUGGGCCAUGUAUCCAUGUUGACCGACAUCAUCAUGGCGAAGGACUCGGCUGGUCAUAGGUUUGUAAUCACCAGCGAUAGAGACGAGCAUAUCAAGAUUUCCCAUUAUCCUCAGUGCUUCAUUGUGGAUAAGUGGUUAUUCGGUCACAAACAGUUCAUUUCUUCGAUGUGCUGUCCAAGCUGGAAUUCAAGCCUGCUGUUCAGUGCUGGCGGCGAUGACAGCAUAUACGCCUGGGACUGGAAAAAGGGCACUCAACUUUCACAGUUUAAUUAUAGCGGUCUGAUAAAGCCGUAUUUGACGAAUGCUCACUUGGCAGCAGAAAGAUUCCAGAACGACGAGAAAGAUGUUAUAGAGUAUGCCGUGUCAAAAGUAGUGUCCAGUAGCAAUGCACACUGCGUGGCAUUUUUCGUCGAAGCAACCAAAUGUAUUGUGUUGUUGGACGUUUGUCCUGAGACGGGAUCUCUGACAUUAAUGGAGAUCAUAGAGUUCCCUAGCAAUGUGGUAUCAUUGUCUGAGGCCAACGAUGAGUUCAUCGUCACGCUCGACACUCAUUCCUCCGGCAAUGGCAGACUGGUAGAAUUUGUCACCCGCGAAGCAGAUACAGGCCUCUUCAAAGUAAACAUCCCGAAAUGCCAAACGUUUGAAAAGGCUCUUGCUGCGGCUCUCAAGAACGAGAAUCAAGUUGGGUCUAAUGCGACCGAUCUUUAUCCAUUGUACAAUACAAUUUCACUGAAGAAGCAUGGGGAACACUACUCUUGA